AUGUCUUUCACAAAGACAUAUUUUCUAUGUCCAACGUCGGAAUUCAUCCACCCACCACCAGCAGGCCCACUCUGUCUUGGUUCUAUAAUUCGCUCCCCGUCAACACCGCAAUACCCUCUAAAUAGAGCAAACGUUAUAGCCGUGCCUGACACAGCAAUCCUUCCUGUCGUCGAGACUGACUGGAAGAAGAACGUUUCCACCAGCGGAGACAUCGGCCUGGGUGUCUAUGCUCAGUUCCUGCAGCUAGCCACUGGCACCGAAGCGGAAGUGGAGCAUUCGAAGCAAACCUCGAAUACGUUUGCUUUUGAAACGUUGAAGACGCUGGCUUUUGAGCCGACGCAGGAAUAUGUGCAAGAAGCUAUUAAAGCAGCGCCUGCUGUGCAGUCGUGGCUGAAGGAGCCCAAGCAGCGGUUCUCACCAUUUUCCUCGCUCUACCUUGUCACGGGCAUGAAGCUCGUCAAGGGCGCUAUGAUGAAGUACUCAACUUCAAAAAACACGACGGCCACGGGUAAUCUUGGUUUCAGUAUACCCGCUUUCGGCAUGACAGUCGGCCCAAAGGGCCAUUGGAGCUGCGCGGUUAGCGACGAGACCGAAUCCAACCGUGAGUCGGAGUUUGUGUUUGCGAUCCGUCUGAAGAGGCUCAAGUUCGGGCGCAAUGUCAAGAUGGAAGAGUAUACUCAGGGUGCCUUUCUGGCUGUUGGUGAUGAAGAGGAAGAGAGCAAAGAUGCAUCUCUUUCUGUUUUAGUGGAAGAUGUGGAUGGCUCUCAUAUCAAGACUGCGAAAGCUGUUUCUGAUGUGACAGAGGACGGUAUGGUGUAUUGCGUCCCGACCUAA